GCCGCUGCCGCCGCCGCCGCCGCCGCCGCCGCCGCCGCCGGCUUGUCGCGCUGCACAAACGCAAGACUUUAGCACACGUGCCCCUCGUCGGCACGCCGCACCACACUUGAGUCCCAUGCCCAGUUCCAAAUACACUAAUCGCAACACUUUGUUUGGGUUAGCCUCCACGGCUAACUAGUGCUAGCUUGGCGGCACAACAUUUGAGCGUGGAGUGAGUUCAUGUUCAUUCAUACGUCGACACCAAACGUCAAAUUCGGCCACACGAAACGUCUUCACACUCUUGCUUGCUGGCUUCGACAGUGCCCGCCCGCCCGCGCGUGCGCGCGCGCGCGCCUACACUUUGUUAGCCUGCGCGCGCGGCUAACAGUGCUAGCGAAAACCACCACAUUCGGAGUCAACCAAAGUGUCACGUUCAUAUAACUGUCGGCCGAAACUGUCAAGUUGGGUCACUUGACAUUUUCUUUGUUUACACUCGCAUGCGGCUGUUGCCGAAGUCUUUUUAUGGAGUGAUUGGGGAGGAACGACUUAGUUUCGCAUUCCGGGGGACCGGAACGAGAUUUUCAGGUGGACGAACUACUCCGGUCACUUUGAGCAAAUCGCUGCAUCAAAAUCUCAAGAGAAGGAUUUCUGUACUCACUCACUCACUCACUCACUCACUCACUCACUCACUCACUCACUCACUCACUCACUCGAGAACUUGUUGUGUUGCAGGAAAUUCAAGUCAAAGCUGGCAAGCGUCCGCUAUGAAGAAGAGAAGUUUGUCUCUUCAGCUGGUGAAAAGGAUGCUGAACUGUAGGAACCCUGAGCUCCACGAGGAGCUGCAGAUCCAGGCGGCGGUGGCGGCGGGUGACGUAUACACAGUGCGCCGCAUGCUGGAGCGCGGAUACUCACCCAAGAUCCGCGACGCCAACGGAUGGACGCUGCUGCACUUCUCGGCCGCCAAGAGCAAGGAGCGAUGCGUGCGCGUCUUCCUGGAGCACGGAGCGGACCCGACGGUGAAGGACUUAAUCGGGGGCUUCACGGCGCUGCACUACGCCGCCAUGCACGGGCGCGCUCGCAUCGCCCGCCUCAUGCUGGAGUCAGACUUUUGCGGCGACAUCAUCGACGCCAAGAGCUACGACGGCUGGACGCCGCUGCAUGUGGCGGCCCACUAUGGCCGUGACUCCUUUGUGCGCCUCCUGCUGGAGUUCUGCGCCCGAGUGGACCCGCUGAGCGACAAGGGCACCACGCCGCUGCAGCUGGCCAUCAUCCGCGAGCGCUCCAGCUGCGUGCGCAUCCUGCUGGACCACGGCGCCAACAUUGACAUUCAGAACGGCUUCCUGUUGCGGUACGCCGUGAGUAAGGCCAACCAUUCGUACUGCCGCAUGUUCCUCCAGCGCGGCGCCGACACCAACCUGGGCCGGCUGGAGGACGGCCAGACGCCGCUGCAUCUAUCGGCGCUACGCGACGACGUGCUGUGCGCACGCAUGCUCUACGCUUACGGCGCCGACACCAACGCCAGGAACUACGAGGGCCAGACGCCCGCCGCCGUCUCCGUCAGCAUGUCCAGACACAACAGGCCGUGUCUGGACUUCCUGCAGGACGUCACAAAACGUCCUCGGAGCCUUCAGGACGUGUGUCGCAUCAAGAUCCGCCGGUGUGUCGGCCUGCAGAGGCUAUGCCUCCUGGAGGAGCUUCCCAUCGCCAAGGUCAUGAAGGACUAUCUCAAACACAAGUUUUAAUGUUGCCGCCGGGGAUGAGUCGGGAAAAGAGGUAAAGACCUCUGCUGUGACUCGCCUCGCCUUUCGGAGGUUUGGCCCGAGGGGGCCGGUCGCCUGUCGUCUUCCCGCCCAGUUGCGUGCGGAAAGUGCGAUUCGUGGCUUGCUGUCCGGUGAGCUGGUACAAUGUAAAUACCUUACAGAUAUUUUUCUACCUUUAUUUAAACACCGCUCCUAUGAAAGACUUGGUGUGUGCGUGCGUGCGUGCGUGCGCGCGCGCGUUUGUACACGUGUGCAUUUGUGCGUGUUUGUGUUCGUGUGAAUGGAAAAGCAGUUCUGGAAUGCCACGGAAAUUUCUUGGCUGAUGUUGAAGACAACAAGCAUAUGUUUAAUUCACUUGCUUGUGCUGCAUUUUGAGCUACUUUUAUGCACCUUUCAAUUGCCCCUUGGGGAUGAAUAAAGUGUUGAAUUGAAUUGCUGUAAUGGUCACCAUGACGACAUGUGUGAUUGAGAACCUGUACAUUUCUUCACAAUAAAACCCCAGUGGAAGUGGA